AUGGUGAAAAAGACUGGUCUUUGCCUAAAUUGCCUCUCCUUCUCCCAUAUGGUGAAGGCUUGUCCCAGUUCAGCCUGUCGCGUUUGUGGACAAAAGCAUCACACAAUGCUGCACAUGCGCUCCACUGAUAGUAAUUCCAACCGAGGACAAGAGAUAGCUACGUCACAAUACGUUCCAAUUACCACAACCCCUCGACCUCUACACUCAUCGAACGCUCCAAUCAUAUCGAACACACCUCACUCACAAUCGCAAACCUUCGCUACUAGAAAUUUAAUUAGCACACAACUGGCACAAAAGCUAAUUCUUCAUAGUCUAAACGAUUCACUCUCUCUCCAAGGAGUUGGUCCAAGCAUGAUACAUUCAAAGCAAUCAGCCAUGGUCAAGGUUUUGUCUCGUUACACCAACUUCGCAGUAGAUUUGAAGUUCCAUAUUCUACCAGAAUUCAAACCGAUUAUUCCGUCGAGUCGUUUAUCGGUUUUACAAUGGAAAAUACCAAUUUCCGUGGUCCUUGCCGAUCCACGCUUCUUCGAACCCAGUCACAUCGAUGUUAUAAUAGGAGCUGAAAUCUACCAUCGUUUACUACUUGAUGGCUUUAUCGAGCUUGAUUCAAAUUUGCCCAUUUUAAAGGAAACCGUCUUCGGCUGGAUUGUAUCCGGCAAAUGUAGCAACACUAUCAGCUGCCAUUCCGCUGUCACCAUGGUAUGCAGCAAUGCGGAUUUAGAAAAGCAGAUGAUGCGUUUCUGGGAGAUUGAAUCAUGUCACUCCAACAACAUUCUUUCUGUGGACGAACAGCAGUGUGAACAAUAUUUUGCAGAGACGACCACGCGUGAUGCCAAUGGUAGAUUUGUUGUAUCCCUACUGACGAAGAAAACUGUUUUAUCGAAGCUUGGAAGUUCUCGAGAAAUUUCACUACGGCGAUUUCUCUCACUCGAACGUCGUUUGCACGCAAAUCCCGAGUUAAUGAAAUCGUAUACGGAUUUUAUUCGAGAAUAUAUCGAAUUGGGACACAUGACCUUAAUCAAUCCUAACGCUGAUUUAUUGUCUUCUACUAUUCAACCUUAUCAUAUGCCACACCACUGUGUUGUACGACCUGAAAGUUCAACUAAGAAACUGCGCGUUGUGUUUGACGCUUCCUGUCCGACGGAUACUGGUGUAUCGCUCAACGAUGCCCUCAUGAUCGGUCCAGUCGUACAAGACGACCUCUACAAUAUCAUCCUUCGAUUUCGAUUCUCACGGUACGCUAUAGUCGCCGAUUUGGAAAAAAUGUAUCGGAAGAUACUCAUUCAUCCAACAGACCGUCAUCUCCUACGGAUUUUAUGGCGAAACAAGCCUAAUGAUCCUGUGGACACGUAUGAACUUCGCACCGUUACGUAUGGGACAGCGAGUGUCCCAUUUUUAGCUACACGCUGCCUUCGGCAACUUGCGAUGGAAAACGUCACCUCAUACCCUACUGCGUGCGCUAUACUCGAUAAAAACUUUUAUAUCGAUGACUUGCUUUGUGGAGUGGCAUCAGAGCAAGAAGGCAUCGUGCUUUGUAAGCAGCUAACUGAUAUUCUUCGUAGUGCUGGUUUCAAGUUGCACAAAUGGGCGUCAAACAGCACACAUAUUUUAGGGAGCAUACCAGCCGAAUUGAGAGAAAAUCGCAAUGUUUUUGAACUCGAUUCGUCAUCACCUGUAAAAACUUUAGGUCUACUGUGGCAGCCAGCAGGAGACGUCUUCCGGUUUAAAAUACCCUCCUGGAAUUAUAACGCUGUAAUCACCAAACGACUUGUGCUCUCGGACGCAGCACGCUUAUUUGAUCCCCUUGGGCUUGUGGGUCCAAUUAUAGUACGUUCGAAAAUGUUUAUGCAACAAUUGUGGCAAUCGAAAAUAUCCUGGGAUUGUCAAUUAGAAGACCAGCAACUACAGUUUUGGAAAGAGUUCCGAAACGAUCUGCAAUCUCUAGAAGGUUUUGCCGUUCCUCGCUGGGUAGUACCAUGUAGUCAACCAUACGUCAUUGAACUACACAGCUUCUGCGACGCUUCAGAGAACGCGUAUGGAGCUUGCAUCUACCUUCGCUGCAUCUCCGAGAGUGGAUCAACUUGUGUACACCUCCUCACGGCUGAGUCGAAAGUUGCACCGAAAGCUCAAGGAAAAGGUCAAAAAAGAAUUUGUCUGCCUCGCCUCGAACUGUCAUCCGCCCUCCUACUAACCCAUUUGUAUGAGAAGGUUAAGAGUGGUUUGAACCUCAACACACGUGACUUCUUCUGGUCAGAUUCAAUGAUCGUCAUCCAUUGGCUAGCUGCAUCGCCAUCUCGUUGGAAGAGAUUUGUAGGAAAUCGCGUGGCGGAAAUCCAGCAGAUUACUGCCGCUGGAACUUGGGGCCAUGUAGCCGGUUUUGAAAACCCUGCGGAUGUAAUAUCCAGAGGCAUGCUAGCUAUCCAACUGAUCAAACACACUCUCUGGUGGAGAGGCCCACUUUGGUUGAGCACAUCAAGUGAAUUUCGACCAAAUAUUUUGCGUACUACCGACGAUCAAUUCGAUAGUCAAUUAUUAGAAGAGAAACCAUCGACUUCCCUAGCCACAGUUUCUCCCAGAAAUAUGUUCGAAUUUAAAUCAACGCUCACCGGGUUAAUUCGAUUAGUUGCUCAUCUCCACCGAUUUGUGUUCAACACUAGAUUAAGAAACCGAAGUACACGACAAGUUGGACCCCUAUCGACUGCUGAAUUGGACAGUGCUCUACAAAACCUAGUACGAAUCGCUCAAAAUGAAUCAUUCGGAGAAGACAUCCGCUCAAUUCGCUCAUCUACACAAGUUAAAACCACUUCCAAAUUGAAAUCGCUUUCACCCAUUCUGAAAGAUGGCAUUCUUCGAGCUCGUGGCCGUCUCAGUAAUGCUUGCAUCAACUACGAUCAAAAACAACCAAUGAUUCUCGAUCAUGAUCAUCCUCUAACAUUAUUAAUUGUUCGCCACUAUCAUAUAAAAUAUCUGGACCCCAACUGUUAUGUGCAGCAGUUCGUUCAAGAUUUUGGCCUCUUCGACUACGAAACAUUGCCCGUAAAGUCGUGCACACCUGCGUCACUUGCUUUCGCAGCAAGCCUGAAGAUACCGAACAAAUCAUGGCGGAUCUUCCACCAGCACGUGUAA